AUGUAUCUCGAAUACGGCAAUGGACCACAAGUUGUGGCACUCUCGAACAUGACAAACACUACUAUACCCAUGGCAGAUUCAUCCGACAAAUCAAAUUUGGUGGCAGUUGUAUGGGCUGUUAAUUUGACAGCAUUCAUCCUCGUCGGCAUCAUUGUCCCUCUUCGGGUCAUCGUUCGUUGCACAGUGACGCGGAACUUCUUCAGCGACGAUGUGCUGGUCAUCAUUGCAGCACUCUUUACAUUUGCAAUUUGCUCAUUAUUGCCCAUCGCGACGGAUCUCGGCUUGGGCCAACAUUACUGGAAUCUUGAUGUCGAGGUUUUGCCCGAUAGUACACGGAACCUGAUGCUGAUCGUGUUCAUUGCCAACACGCUUUACCCUUGCGCAAUCGCAUUCGCACGAUUAUCGGCAAUAUGCUCCUUCCUGAGAAUUAUCACCCAUAAGAUUAUGCGAUAUACGAUGUACGCCGCAGCAGCAAUUACCGGAGGUUUCGCGAUAGCCUCGGUAUUUGCCAUACUGUUUCAGUGCAAACCCGUCUCGGCAGCUUGGGACAAUACGAUCGGGGACGCUGCGUGUUACCCCCUUUUUGACUUCUUGCACGCUAGCACCGCAAUUAGUAUUGCCAUCGACAUCCUUCUCUGCAUUGUUCCGUUACCAUAUAUCUGGAAAUCAAAGCAAUUAUCGUUGAGCAGGAAAACCGGGGUUACAGUGCUCUUCGCCUUUGCCGGACUGGCAUGUGUGGCCGCAAUGAUCAAGCUCGUCUGUCUACAUCUUCUCAACGAGGCUGAUGCAACCUACAACUGGGUGGCUUGGAUUCUGUGCUCCAUCGCCGAGUGUACCAUCGGGAUUGUCUGCAUAUCAAUACCGCCCAUCAUUCCCCUCUUCGCCAAGAUUGCUCACUUGAGAGCGAUAAAGCAUCGCCGCCGACGCCGCAAGACAUCCCGCUUUACGUUUUGGGCCGGUAAACCGACUUGCAACCGCGCCGUGGCUCCCAGAGUCAUCAGACCAAUGGCAACACCAUGGAAAGACCAGCUGGCCCUUGAAGCCAAGACCGAGGCCGAAUUUCAGUGGUUUAAGCUCGAACAGGCGGAACAGGGUCGAUGCUGGGAUAGAAAUGCCCAAUCGACCAAGGUAGAUCAGGUUCUUGGAAUUGCGUUGUAG